UUUCCGCGAGAUUUCUGACGCCAAAUGUGGGUCACGGAGUGAGAGUAGAAAUGGUCAAGUUGUGAAAAUUUAUUUCAGAAUUUGACCAUUUCAUGGCCGUGUGUGAAGAUUGUUGGCACCAUGGCUCAGAAGUUAAAGUUGAGUAGUCCGGUGGGAGCGGAUCCGCUUGUGUUAAAAUGGCCGGUGGCUACCUCGGAAGGGAAAGAGGGUCCAGAGGAGGUCCUGGAAACGAUGAGGUUGGUCUGUGAUGAUUUCCCGGAGCUGAGAACCCCGCUGGAGACCCGCAUACUGAAGGAAGGAGAGGAUGUGGCCAGCUACGACUAUGAACAGACGAAAGCACUAUGUGAUCGAUUCAACAAGGCAAUUGAAAGUUUGCGGCAACUGGUCAAGGGCUCCCCUCGGCAGAAGAAGACGAGCAAGUUGGCGUCCCGGAGUCAGCUGAAGCACAUACUGCAGCAGUGCUACAACAGCUCAGUCAAGGACCCCGAGAAGUUGAACCACUAUGAGCCCUUCUCACCAGAGGCGAUGGAAAAGUCGUUCCACCAGUGGAUGAAGUGGUACGGCAAAUCCCACGGAGAUUUCUUGAUUGAAAAAGGAGAUUUCUUACACGAUGACAUAAAGGAAAAGCUCAACAGAGCCACGAUUGUGUUUGUGAACAACUUUGCGUUCGGGCCGGUUGUUGACCACGAUUUGAAGCAAAGGUUUGCCAACUGCCUGAAGGAGGGAGCGAGAAUUGUGUCUUCCAAGGCCUUCUGUCCGCUCAACUUCAGGAUCACAGCUCGCAACCUCAGUGAUAUCGGCACCAUUAUGCAAGUACAAGAGUUGUCUCCUCUGUGCGGGGCAGUGUCGUGGACAGGGAAAGCCUUUGCCUACUACGUGCACACCAUUGACCGGACCCAGUUGGAGAAAUACUUCGCACGUCUGAAAAAUCCCAAUAAGAAAGAUGAGCCAGAGACGAGGAAAGAUCGGCGAGGUCGCCCAGUGCAGUCCAUCAGGGAGAAGAUCAACGGAGCCCUGGCUGGAGGGGUGGAAGCCUUGUCCGCUGCGUCGGGUCGGUGGCGGCGAAGCAUCAACGGUAAGGGCAUGGAACAUCUGGGGGCUAACGGCGCAAUUUCCGCCUUGGGUUCGUCGGUGGCCAAAGUGCUCGACUUUGACUCUGCGUCCAACUCGAGUCAGUCGACCACGACCACCACUGCCAGCACUCCCAGCACGGCCGACGAUGCGCCCCCGCCCCCCUCCUCGGCCUCCGCUGUUGUUGUACUGGGCCCCACCACGCGACGCCAGUGGAACGAAUACGUCAAACGACCCUUGUCUCAGUCGGGCACGGAGAAUGAUAAUGAUAGUUCUACUGCAGACACUAUUCCGGAGGGUAAGAUGAAAGGUGUCAUCAGCCAGAUGAGGAAGAAGAAAAUGAAGACCAUCAAGCGUCUGAACAACGGGGCUCUCGGGAAACGUAAGAUGCAAGCCGGAAAGAAGAGCUUGGGAGAGGACUCCCCGACGUCCCCCAUCAAGUCGAAGGCAGUCGUCGAACUCCGUCCCCGGCCGAAGACGGGCCGGUCCAGGAAGUCUGUCCUGUCGGAGGGCGACCAGGAGGCGAUCCCGAUGUCGGCCGCCGCCGCUGCUGUUGGCGCGUUGUCCGCGGCUAGCGUGAGCACGACUACUUCCACUGCGGCGGGCGUGCACCACGCGACCUCUGUGGCCCCGCCCUCGCUGGACAGUCUGAACCUGCUCCACGCACACACCAUCAUGUCCACGUCCGGCAAAGAUUCCUCGGAGAAGGUCAGCUACAAUGACCGCAGGAUGACAGAGAGCUCCAACGCCUUCUUCAAGCCCAGCGUGCAGAAACAGACGGUGUCCAUGCUGGAGAAGCAAGCCGGGUUCCUCAACAUGAUUGAAAACAUGAAGCAGCGCUACUUGUCCUUCCUGACCUUCAUGCAGACGCCGCAGUACAGGGCCAUGCUCUCCUUGCAGAUAGAACAGGAAAAGCAAAGAAAUCUGCAGCUUCAAGAGAAAAUGAAAGGCUUGGAGAAGGAUAUAUCUGCCCUUCAGAAAGAGGGAGCGGGACUCAUCAGAGAUCGGCUUAAGGAGGUUUCUACAUACAGGAAGAUCAUGGACAGGAAGCACCAGCUCAAGUCGACAAAGAACGGCUUUGUGGAUCACCCUCCUCUCUCCGCGGUGACCGCGACGACGAAAUCUCCCAAAGAGGAGGAGCAGAAGCUGCUGGCCAACGUGGACCGGUUGAGCACCGAGCUACAGAACCUCCAGGACGUCAACAAAGCCUACGUUUCCAAAUACGGGGCCAACUCGUUCAGGCCCGGGCCGGGCGGGAAUAACGUCUACACGAGCCGCGACGUCACGGGCGCCGCAGCCGCCUCCGGGCACGGGAACCACGAGAUGUCCGGCGGUGGUCAGUGGCCAGUCGGCAGCAGCAAGGGCAUGGCGGAUCUGAAGGAGAAGUUGGAGAUGAAGAGGAAUUACGAUUCUCUGGGAGAGGUGUUGUCCACUCUGAAAAAGGAGGUCAGUAUGGCCUUUCAGAGUUCUGAGCCGCCGCCGCCUCAGCCACAGUCGUCUGUGUCGAAGCAGAGUGGUGUCUCGGCCGAGUCUGUGCCGGCUGGAGGGUUGCCAGGCGCCUGUUUGCCCGGUGCAGUUCGUGGGCAGGAGGCUCCGAGUCUCUCCCACGCCAGCAGGGAGUUGUCGGCGACCUUGAGGCACGGUGUCUCUGCCCCCGGCGAAUCCUUCAAAGCCCCGGAUAUGACUGUAAGAGACAUCCUUACGAAAGGACGGUGGCCGAUAUCGUCGCCGUCGGUGUCACUCGCGUCAUUAUCGUCUUCAUCAUCAUCAUCAUCUUCGUCUUCAUCACUGUUGUCGUCGCCAUUGUCUACGUCCUCGUCCGCGUCCUCCUCCAUCACCUCCCUCCUCACCUCCCCCUCCUCGUGGACCACGGAAGUGAGGAAAGACCAGACUGUCUCUGUCUCCUCCCCCCGCAUCCUCCCUCUGGGAACCAAGAUAGAUAUAAAACGGCCCCCGAGACAGAAUGGCUUAAAACAAGGCCUGGCCUCUAGACGCGCACAGUCUAAGAAUAUCACCGUUCUGCAGAACUCCCGGGCUCUUCCUCCCUCCGGUUCCCAGAAUAAACUAAACGCAUCUCAUGGGUACACUGACCAUGAGAAGUCGGCAGCAGAAGAUCUCAUCUCCCUCAAGGAAGGUCUGAGUGGGGCGGGAGCAGGAGGGGGGGUGUCGCCCCCUACCUCAGCCACCGCCCACUCGGCCUCAGUCUCCGUGCCAUCCGCCACGCCCAUGUCCUUGUCUGUCGGGCCCGCGGGAAGAUCCUCCGUGAAAGCGCAUUCCCAUUGUGAUGACCGGCCAGCUAUUCUGGUCCAUACCUCCAAAGCUCGUCGAGGCAGCAGCAACAACAGCAACAGCAGCAGCAGCAAUAUCACCACCACCACCACCACCACAACCACCACCAUCAUCUCUCCCUCCAACACCACCCUAACCUAUGGCAGCAACAACAACAACAACAACAGCAGCAGCAGCAGAAGUAAAGCAACAGUGAACUCAGGUGCAAUACUUUCCUCCCCGUCCUCCUCCUCCAUCUUGGGACCCGUCUCUUCCGUGACUCCGCUAGGACCAUCCUCCCAGCACCUGGGAAGCCUAGCGCGCAGCCUCCUGGCCAAGGACGUGCACCACGUCUCGGGGAGGUCUCACCGUGAUGCCGAGACGACGCCCGCCUCCUCCUCCUCCUCGCUGAAGAUUGUCUCCACUUUGCAGCCCAACGGUGUGCUGAAGCACAAAAGUUCGGAGCUUUCCUCCGCCUCCCAGCCGCCCAGCAAAGUGCGGCACAUCGAGAGCAGGCCGGAUCUAAGGUCUGUGCUGUCCACGGGGGCCGUGCCCACGUCCUCGUUGGCCUCUUCCCUGUCGGCGGCCACCAUCAACUUACUGACACAUCAGCAGCAGCAGCAGGUUCUCUUAGCUCAGGGUUCGAACCUCAUCCUGACCCCAGGACACGAGUCGGCGGCACACUUGAUGACCGGCCAGGGGGCGGCUCUGUCGGUUCACGGCAACAACCACACUGCAGCAGCGGGGGUCCAGGUGGGCGGGGCUAGUGCUAAAGGCUCCUCCUCCUCCUCCUAUCCCACAAUUCCCUCCUCCAACAGCGUGUCAGUGGGCAGCAUGCCCAACGGGACACACACCUCGCUGCUCAAACUCCUGUCCCAGCAGUCUCCCGGGCCCGGCUCCGUGCUCGUCUCGCAGAAACCCCCUGAGGGGACGGUGGUCUCCAUGGCAACGGUGAACAGCUCGGGAGUAGGAGGCCUGUCGGGAGCCGGAUUGGGCCCGACCUUCACCUUGCCACAAGAUUCGGGGGCUCUCAACGGGGCUCUGGCGAAAGGCCAACUCAAGAUCUUGCCGCAGAGUCGUGUGGACAGCAAAGGUUGUUUGAAAACAUCACAGGCUUGCUCUCCUCUUGCCCACUCUGACUUUGAUGCUCUAGUCGCUGUCGCUUCGUCGGAACACACUUUUAAAGACGGCCCUUUAGGCACAGAGCCACCGGGCGGCCUUGAUGUAGGUCGUGAAGCGGGAGCCAAGCAGGCAGCCCCGAAGGGUGGCAGGAGGGCCGGUGUGUCGCGAUCGGCCAGGGGGGAAAGGGCGCAUGCUCGCUCGUUGAAGAAACGGGCCCCCGCAGAGUCGGGGGAGUUUGACUCAAAGAAAAGCAAAGUGGAAGUGGAGAAGGAUUUGUUGAGGAGCAAGAAACACGUGGCCGUGUGUGAGAAACUUUCCUCGGGAUCAGAGUCGAAUUGUAAGUCAAAUGCUGUUGGGGGGAGUGAUGAGGAAGAGAACAGGAAAAGUUUGCAGAAAAACGUGGCUGUGCUACUGAGCAGAGAGCUGAAGGUGGACAAACUGGCAAGUGUGGCCGAGCAGUCGUCUGACGACUCGGAGUCUGCGACAGAGAGUACCUCGAGGCCCUCGUCUGUCAUGGCCGAGAGUGAGGAGAAGGUGAAGGUGAAGACCACCAGGAAAAGACUGACUCCCAGAGCCCGACGCAUGCGGCGUCGAAGGUCAGCCACCUUGAAGCAGUUGGCCCACCACCGGAGUGAAGUCAAGGACAGUGGAGACUCUUUGUCGGAGAACGAGCCUCUCUCCGACACGGCUCAGGGACAAGAUAAGGACUCAAGUCGGGGAAAUCUGGCAACCGGCCGGACCAAUAAACAGUCUGUAGUAGUCAGUAGUGCAUCCCUUGAGGCAGAGAUAGAAUCGAAAGUAGAUGACAUUAAAAAGCUUCACAUAGAUUCUCCUCGGGAAGGAAAGUCCAAUCUAUCAAGCCAUGUUUCUGCAGACAUUCAGAUUGUAUCGAAAAAGAUGGAAGAGCAAAGCACCCUUCAGAGCAUGAGACAUGAGAAAAGGAAUAAACAGACGUCAGGUACAGAUCGAGAGAGGCCGUCUCGUAAAGAUAAACAUUAUCGUAGUAGACAGGGCCAGCCUAGUGUAGCCAAAACUGAGGCUUUAGACAGGAAGAAAACGGGACUGAAGGCUGGAGAGAGUAGCCAGUCCCCCAAGCCAGAUAGAAAAUCUGUUUCUCCAAAUCCUGACAAAAAAUCUUUGUCCCCGGCUCCCAAGACAGAGCAGAGUGAAGGGAAAGAAGAAAAGAAAGUGGUGAAGGUGGAGAGCGAGGAGAACAGAGCACGCCACAAGUUACACGACUUGAAGUCCGCUCGAUCGAAGCACAAAAAAGAAACGGGUGAGAAACGAAAAUCCUCCUCUCUGUCUCCCAAACCACAGGGGCCAUCACAAAAAAGAGUGCCGGAAAGGAAGUCAUUGUCUCCAACGCCAACCAUUUCUAAAAGCGAAAAAGCGCAAGAGGUGAAAGUGGCGCCCCCUGUCUGCUCUCCGGCGAAACAGAAGGACCCGGGCACAAAGCCAUCUUCUCAAAAGUCUGGGAGAGAGCCUGUUUCUGAUACUUCACAUUCCCGAGAAACCAUGAAAAAGAGUAAGUCGACAAGCAAGCCUCUAGGUUCUGGGCGCGAGCUGGAUUCCCCCAAGCCUGAGAGGGAAGCUAAGAAUUCCAAGGCGGAGGAGAAGCGGGGGUCAUCAAAAUCUGACCGGAGACAUUCUUCGUCGCCGUCGCCGCGAGGUCACGGCAGCAGCUCUGGUUCCCGUGGUGGGAAACACUCGUCAAAGUCCACAGAAAAAUCAGCCGCCAGGAGCUCUGAAAGCAAAUCUGUGUCCCCGAAACCCAGUUCCGCUCACGGUUCUUCGUCUAGGGGGUGUGAGCCUCUGAGUAAAAAGUCCAAAGUGAAAGGAGAAGUUGACCGCGUUGUGUCACGGCAAGCGGCAAAAAGUAGCCGACAGUCGUCCUCGUCGAGCUCGCAGGGUGUAGGAGGUGAAAAGGGCAGGGGCAGGUCACCGAGUCCUCCCAAGCUGGAGCGUGCGGUGCCCUCCCCCCAUGACCAAAAGAGGAAAGAUGGAAAACUGAAGCCCUAUGAAGGUACAGAAAGAAGUACCUCGGGUCAGAACAAAAAUAACACCAGUAAAACCGACAAAAGGGUGAGUGUUUCUAAAAGUGAGCUGGGGGCCGACAGGACGAAGGUCAAGUCUGAGCAGGAAGCGGCAGCGUCGGCUAAGGUGAGCCGAGACGUCGCCGGUGAGGCUGAUAAGAAAGCGGGUGGUCAUUCGGAUCAUCUGAAGGACGCCCGACACUCGCGGUCUCUGAAGCCGGAGGUAAAAGUCUCCUCUUCCAAGUCUGGGAGUGGCUCGUGUUCUCCUUCCUCAAAGAACAAACCGUCGUCGCAGGCGGCCAAGCACAAGUCCGGAGGUUCUAAAUGUAAAGACCAUUCCCCGUCGCCCAGCGGCCGGAAGGAUUCCCCGGGGAAUAGCAAAGAUAAGAGGAAACUUUUGAAGCAGACGACCUCAGCUGUGAAGGUCGAAAAGUCAGACUCGGGAUACUCAGGGUCCUCUGGCUCCAAAGGUCAAAGGUCAGGGAAUUCAGGUGUUGGCAGCGCGCCGAAAGAUACAGGUUGUGAGAUGAAGGCGAAGGGUGUGUCUGAGAGAGGGAAGAAGACAAGAGGUGUGGCCCCUACUUCUGGGGGAGCGUGUAAAGUGGAGGAGGGUGGCGGCGCGGAGUUUGAGGAGGAGGAGGUGGAGACAGCACGUGGGGGCGUUGACCGAUCGGUCCACGGAGGAGACGCUGGUUCUCCGAGUGACUGCAGCCAGAGCGUGGAGGACAUGAAGGUGGAGGCUGGCCGUUUGUCUCCCCAUCUGGCCUGUGUGGACAGUCCGGACGGAAUGCUCACCCCCAACUCGGCCUCCCAGCACUGCCACUACGCCGACUACGACACGGACAACGCGGAGAUGUUGACCCCGGCGUCCAUUGACGAGUCCACGCUCUUCAGCAAGGCCAAGCAGGAGGAGAUAAGUCUCUCGGACACCGGCGCCCAUUUUGAGCUGAAGGAGGAAGUGAGCGGUGAGCUCGCCGCGGGGCCCAGCGAUGCCUGUGUUCAGAGGGAGGCAGAGUCCUUCCCGUUUCCCCUGACCCCUCAGAACACGCCUCUGUCUGCGUCGGUGCCGUGCUCCCCACACACAUGGACGGACACGGCUCAGGCCGGGGAGGAUGUGUCGGGGGACCCCUCCCACCAUCAGUUCGAUCGCGGUAAAUUGGCGGGAAUUGAUCACGUUUCUCCGGCCGGAAGUCCUAAGAGCUCUGCAGUAGAGCUCCCGAAAGCUGAAAUAGAACAAGUCCAGACGGUGGCAGGGGAGGGGAAGAAAGGCCCUCAAACCCCGCCCGGCUCUCCUUUGUUCCGACAUCAGAGCAGGUCAAGGUCACGGUCUCGCUCUGCCAGCUCUUCUUCCUCAGGCAGCCGGUCGCGCAGCUCCAGCUGUGGCUCGCGACACUCUAGCAGCUCCACCAGCUGCACAUCGGACAGCUCUGACGACAGCAAGCGCCGCCGCCGCCGCAGGAAGUACCGCAGGUCCCACAAGGCAGCGGCCAGACGUACCCCACCCAAAAAGCUCUCGACGCGAAACCCUCCGCUGAGCCUACGGCUGGGGUCACCCACCAAGGCAACAGUACAGUACUCCCCGAUGCCCAGCCCCAACAUGAACGGGUUCUACGCGGGCCAAGGAAGGCUAACUCUCGGGCCAGCUGCCCCCUCUUCGUUCGGUGGCCACAGCCUUCUGGGCUCUGGUCCCGUGUUGUCCCCCUUGUCUGUUUCCACGCAGCACAGCCCGGGCUACCAGAUGGUGACCAGCGACACGAUGCGCAGCCCCACCGGUCUGCUUCGUAGCCCCGUGGCUGGCUCGCUCAUCCGCCAGUACCCUCACUUCCCCAUGAGUAACCCCACGCCCGUCUCUGUCUCCUACCCGGUCUCCGUCUCCUCUGCCGCUCCCUGUUCUCUGCAGCAGCGUCCUCUCGCUUCGAAAAACUCCUUGCUGAGUCUAAAUGCGGCAGCGGUGAAACCGAGCGGUGCGGAAAGUACUUUCUCUCAGAACUCUGCUUCUGUCAGAAGCUUGAUCCCUGAACCGUUCGGUGUGAAAUCACAGCAUCCCGGACACUCCUCAGUCGGAGCUGCCAAGUCAAAAGUGGAGCAGUUGUCGUUCUCUUUGGCCUCUGACCUCAAAGACCACAAUGCCAAUCACACGUCCAUGCCGUGCUCGAACCUCGCCUCUAGUCAGACCAUAAUGAAGCCAUCGGGUGGGGGUGGGGGGGAGGGACCGUAUGAAAGCCUUCCCACUGUGGCAGACAUGAAAGCUGACCCCACCCCCACCGUCCCGUCAGCGCUGUCGGCUCUCGGCUCGUCGGCUCUGAGCUGCUCCGCGACGUUCCCGUUCUCCCAGCCUCCUUUUACCAUCAUGACACAAACCGCGGCAAGUAGUCGUCGUGGUGACGGUAGCAGCAGCAGCAGCUCUUGUAGUACUAGUAUUGCUCUACCGUUGUCGUGUGCGUCCAUACCACCAGCUGAGCCGGCCGGGGUGCGAGGUAGUUGUGACGGUGACAGUAAGCAAAUUGGCGUUUUCGCCGACAGCGAUGGACCAGUUCCCCAGCUUUCAGGUGGUUCCCAGUCCUCGACGACGGAAUUGUCGAAGGCCGCGGCUCCUUCUCUGAUGGUAGGCCGGAAAGAGCAGGUGCUUCACGGAACGUUCAAUAGCCAACUGGAGGCCGGCUGCGAUGAGUUGUUCCCGAGGAACAAAGUGAGCUGUGUCCGCGCAGCAGUGUCCUCCAGCUACCCCGCCGAGCAACCGCUCUGCAAGUCUCACAUUCCGUCUAGUCACAAGGCAAGCUCCUCCUCUUCCACCUCUGCCCCACCACCUCCC